AUGAGUGGAAAACGCCAGGCUCCAAGUAAGGAACUUCCAGGCCAAGAAACGAGGCUUUUCUGGGAGCAGUUCAGGACAGGGAGAGAAGAGUGCUUCUCCCAAGUACGGACGGGGUCUGGAGGUGGACGGCAGACUGGAAUAGGCAGAGGGACUCCGUCUAGGGGUGGUCAAACUGGACGAGGCCAAAGAGAAAUUUUCAAGGAGGCUCAGUUUCAGCACCUCGCGAUCCCUGUGGGCAUUGUGGGAAGCCAAACCACACAGAAGAUAAUUACUGGAGGAAGGAAGGCUAGUCACAUUAUACUAGGUAGGCCUUGGCAGUUUGACAGGCAGGGCAUUGAGCAUCAAAUAGACUUCAUCCCUGGAGCUUCAUUGCCAAAUCGCCCAGCUUACAAGAGCAACCCGGAGGAGACUAAGGAGUUACAAAGAUCCGUAAAUGCCAUCACGGUAAAGUAUCGCCACCCUAUACCUCGCUUAGAUGACAUGCUUGAUGAGUUACAUGGGGCUGUGUUCUUUACCAAAAUUGAUCUCAAAAGUGGGUACCAUCAAAUUAGGAUUAAGGAGGGGGAUGAAUGGAAAACUGCCUUCAAAACUAAGUAUGGCUUGUAUGAGUGCAAAUCUUAUGAUGAACACCUAGAGCAUAUUAGGGCUGUUAUGGAUGUACUUCGAAGAGAGAAGCUCUAUGCCAAUCUCAAGAAGUGCAAUUUUUGCACUAACGAGCUUGUGUUUCUAGGGUUUGUUAUAAGUGCGCAGGGAAUGAAGGUGGAUGAUCAAAAGGUGAAAGCUAUUCAAGAGUGGCCAACACCAAGGAGAUUCGUGAGGGACUUUAGCACUAUUGCUGCACCCUUGACCGAGUUGAUCAAGAAGAAUGAGAACUUCCAUUGGGGAGAUUCUCAAGAACAAGCCUUUCGCGCUUUAAAGCACAAACUCACACAUGCACCUGUACUUGCUUUACCUGACUUUUCUAAGACAUUUGAAAUUGAUUGUGAUGCUUCAGGUAUUGGAGUUGGAGCUGUGUUGAACCAAGGAGGAAGACCUAUUGCCUACUUUAGUGAGAAACUCAAUGGGGCUGCACUGAACUACUCAACUUAUGAUAAAGAGUUGUACUCUCUACUCACUUCCUUAGAUGCUAAGUUGUUAGGGUUUGAGCUUAUUAAAGACAUCUAUGCACAAGAUAGUGAUUUCGGUGAACUUUACCUUUCUUGCAAACACACUGGGCAAGGAGCACUUCUAUUGGCCGCACAUGAGAGAGAUAUUGCACGGGUGGUGGAGCGAUGCUUAGCUUGUAAGAAAGCUAAAUCCAAGGUACACCCGUAUGGCCUUUACACCCCGUUACCUAUUUCUAGUGCACCAUGGGUUGACAUUUCUAUGGAUUUUAUACUUGGUUUGCCUAGAUCCAAGGCUAUCCAUUCUACUACUGGUUUCUCUCCAUUUGAAUGUGUUUAUGGUUUUAAUCCGCUAACACCACUUGAUCUAGUGCCAUUACCUAGUAAUGAGCGUGCACAUUUGGAUGGUAAGAAACGUGCAGAGUUUGUUAAGCAACUGCAUGAGAAAGUCAGGGCUAACAUUGAGAGGAGAACUGCUCAAUAUGUGAAGCAAGCCAACAAAGGGCCAAAAGUGUUGGAGCGCAUCAAUGACAACGCCUACAAACUUGACCUUCCUGGUGAGUAUGGAGUUAGUGCUACAUUUAAUGUCUCUGACUUAGCUCCUUUUGAUGCAGAUGAUGCGUUUGAUUUGAGGGCAAAUCCUUCUCAAGAGGAGGGGAAUGAUAGCAUCAUGGUACGUGGGCAGGCCAACAAUGGCUCGAGUAAUCGAGGAGCUAAGGAUCACGUGUAUGCCCCAAGUGGACCCAUUACUAGGGCUCGCGCAAAGAAACUUCGUGAGCAACUCAAUGUACUUAUUCAGGCCAUACACAAGUCUUUGAAGGAUUCAUACACUCAAGUGAAGGUGGUCGCGGUCCGAUAA